GAUUUGGCGCAAUGUUUAGGUGAGAAUAGAACUUUUUUGUAAAGUUGUUAUUGCCGGCUCAAAACUUGACCGGGUGAGAAGUUGAUCGGAGUUAGUGGUAUGUUUCUUAAAAUGGCAGCGUGUUGUUUCUCAAGAACUAGAAUUCAUGUUUUUGUUUCGGAAUAAUUCUAUGAAUUUGACUGUUUUUUGGGAAGACAAUAAAUACAGUACGUAAGCAGUGAACAGUGUUAGUGAGAACCUGAAUCUUGGUGGAAUUUUCUUAGCUUUUGGAAUAAACUUUAUAUUUGUGGUCAGGUGCUUUCAUUGGUGUAUAACGGAGGCUCGGCAGGGCUGCCUAGUCGGUGGAUUAUGGGCAGGUACAAAGAAAUCCCUCUAUACCUCCCGCAUAGCUGUUGGCAGACGAUACAAAGGAAUGCGUGAAACAUGUUAUCAGCGUCUAAGAAUACACAGUGACAACAAUUCAAGAUCAUCGAAGUUUAUCAGCAGGUCCAGAUCGGAUCGAAGUCGUCGCCAUGAAUUCGAAGAAAAUUUCAACGUGCGGACAAUUGAGCUGUGCUUUGAAAUUAACCAUGGCGUCCAUUAGAUGAUUAAACUGUGAUAUAUACUUCUUUUUAAAUUGACAGCCAUGAAGCUGAAAUUAAGGACUUUAUAUUCUCCAUGUGUAUGGGGAUAUUAUUGUGUUCUGUGGUUCCUGUGUUCAAUUCACCUAUCUGCCGGGUUUGCAGACUCAAAAUUGAUAACUAGAGAAGAUAUUAAGUCUUCUGUUGAGGUUUUUAGUCAAACAAAUGUUAGAUCAUUUGGUCAAUUACUCUUUGAUAUUCAAAGGUUUCAACUCAUUGUAGGUGCAAGGGAUUAUUUAUUCAGAUUAAGCUUAGAGGGACUUAAAAAAUUAGAGGAAGCUCAUUGGUCUGCGAAGUCUGAGGAUGUUCUUAUGUGCAAACUAAAAGGAAAAAGUGAGGAAGAUUGUAUGAAUUAUAUAAAAGUGUUACUGAAUCACGGAAAUAAGUUAUUUGCAUGCGGUACAAAUGGAUUUUCGCCUGAAUGCUCUUGGAGAGAUAUUAAUUCUUUGAAAACAAAUGUGGAAUAUUUUGAGGGGAAAACGUUAUGUCCGUACAGCCCAUAUGCCAACAGUACUGCGCUGAUGACGACUCAAGGGGAUUACUAUCUAGCAUCAACAAUUGAUUUUACUGAAACAGAUCCUGUCAUUUUCAAAGGCCAGGGGAAACCCCCGAUUCUGCGUACAAUUCAAUAUGAUCCGAAAUGGUUAAGCGAACCAAACUUUGUUGCAUCGUAUGAAAUUGAAAAUUACACUUAUUAUUUCUUCCGGGAAGCAGCUGUUGAGUACAUAAACUGUGGAAAAGCUAUUUAUUCACGAGUUGCCAGGAUUUGUAAGAAUGACCCAGGAGGAGAUUUUCUUUUGAAAGGAAAAUUUACAACUUUUGUGAAAGCUCGGUUAAACUGUUCUGUUCCGGGAAAUUAUCCCUUUUAUUUUAACGAACUUCAAAGUGUUCAUUUUAUUGAAAAGGAAGAAAUAUUCUAUGCAACGUUUACCACUCCCGUGAAUAGCAUUUAUGGAACUGCAAUUUGUGUGUUUAAUUUAUCAGCAAUUGAAAAUUCCUUCUCCGGUGUUUUUAAACACCAAUCUACUGCUAAAUCCACAUGGGAAGCUCAAGCAUCAGUACUGAAACACCAUCAAUGUGGAGGUAAUAAAACGGCUGAACAUAUAUUGGAUUCUGAAAAAUAUCAGUUGAUGAACGAAGCUGUUCAGCCGAUGACAUCACACCCUAUACUCAAGCUGGAGAAUGAAAGGUUUAAUCAUAUUGUGAUCGACACAGUGCAAACAAAAUAUUCAGAUAGUGUUCAUGUGAUGUUUGUAGCAUCAGUGGAAGGAGUUAUUCGGAAAUAUGUGGUGAUACCUGAAACUAAAGAGACCUGCUUAAUUGAGAAAAUAAAAGUAUUUCCUGAAGGCAGUAAUGAUACUAUUAAAGUUUUGAAACAUCUUAAAGACACUAAUUCUUUGUAUAUUGGAACGGAAGAAACUGUUUUGAGGAUAAUUGUCCACAGAUGUGAAAGAUUACACAGUAAAAGAGAAUGUCUGGCUGCUAUGGAUCCUUAUUGUGGCUGGAAUGAAUAUAAACUAGCGUGUACUGCCAACCCUAGUCGGAAUCCUCGUGUCAAUUUCUGGCAUCAAGAAAGAACUGCUUGCCCAAAUAAAAACAUGCCAGUUGAUGGUGGCUGGGCUGCAUGGAGUGGUUGGUUCGAUUGCUCUCAAGUUGAAGAGGCACAGGCUAUAGCUGGAGAGGCUGUUUUUGAUGGUACUUGCCAGUGCCAACAACGUCAGUGUAAUAGUCCAGCUCCUGCUAAUGGUGGCAGAGAUUGCCAAGGGACUUCAAUUCAUGUUGCCAACUGCAGUAGAGAUGGUCAAUGGACUGAUUGGUCAGCUUGGUCUUCUUGCUCUCAAACAUGUGGUUUAGCAGUGAAAUCUCGAAGACGAAUCUGUGGUAACCCAUCUCCUGCUUACGGUGGGAAAAUGUGUAUUGGACCAGAAACUGACCAGAUUUAUUGUACAAUGAAUCCACCUUGUCCAGCCUCUGUAAUUGCUCCCAUCCCUGGCCACUGGUCAGAUUGGAGUACAUGGGAACAGUGCAGUGCACCUUGUGGAGGAGGCAUUCAGGUGCGUCGUCGCCGUUGCAAUAGCCCACCUCCCCAGCACGGCGGUAAGGAGUGUAUUGGCUGCAACCAGGAUUACAAGUUUUGCAAUCUGCAUACCUGUCCUGAAGCAAAGAAGUCAACUUCUUGGACACCCUACAUGAGAGUGAAUCAAACAAAGGAUGGUCACUUUGAGCAGCGACUGAGGUUCACUUGCCGUGCUAAUGUACCUGAUGAGGGCAUGCUGAAGAUUGGACACGUGAAAAAAGAGGAGAGGUUCUGCCGUGAGGGUAGUCGUAAUUGCUUGGAUUCUGCCUUUUUAAAUGUUGAUGGUGGUUGGUCUGUCUGGAGCCUGUGGUCUCAUUGCAGUGCUACUUGCGGUGGUGGCAUACAGUACCGUGAAAGAACAUGUGAUAAUCCAAAACCAGCAGGAGGUGGUGCUGAUUGUUACGGGUCUCCCAGAAUUGAUCGUCCUUGCAAUAUAGAAUCUUGCUAUGAUGUUGAAGGAUGGGAAGAGUGGUCCGCAUGGUCGUUGUGUGAUGAAAAUGAAGAGCAGCAAAGGAAGAGAAAAUGUAAAUUGGCCCCUGCUACUUAUUGUGUUGGUUCCACUAAAGAAAUAAGGAUGUGCAUACCUGGUCAGCAAGCAUCUAAAGAAGCUCAAUCAGAUGAAGAUGGCGUGCAUGCAGCUCAUGUUGCAGGUUCCUUCAUUCUCGGUGUCAUUGUAGGCUGCCUUCUCUCAGCAUUUGGAAUCUAUUUCUACUUGAAAAAAAGAGCCAAAAACAGGACGCAUACCCACAUAGGUACUCAACUGAUACCUGUAAAACCCAACACCUACGUUUCUGAAAGCGAGUGGAAAAACAAUUACUCAAAAGUGCCCAUCACAAAAGUGCCACUUCGCGAAGCUACCAUAAAGAGAAAUGGUAGUUUACGCGCCCAGCUGCAGUCUGAUAACUUUUAAAAGUGCCGCAGUAAUUACUACAGCUUUUUGUGAAUUUGGCUUUUUAAAAGUGGAAAGAAAUUGUGUUGAGGACGCUACUACAAUGUGCCAUAUUGGGAAACUGUGUGACAUAUCAAGAUGCCAUUCACAAUCAAUUUGAGCUUGUAGAAACUUUUUUUUGUGUCCAUGUCGUCUUGUGCAGUCAUAUUUUAAAUUGUAUAUAAGAUGUCUUAUCUUACUGAGAAGCAUUUGUAAAAAAUUUAUUUUAUUAUUCAUUCUAAAAGAAUGACCUUUUUUUGUAUUACAAAGUGAUGUUCUUUAUUGUAUUUAUUGUGAAGCUUUUUAUAAAGUUUUACUCAUUUUUUUUAGAAAACAAUAAGUAUGUUUUCCUAUGCAUGCUAGACGAAUUUUUACAGAUUAUUGAAAAACAGUUUACCUCUUAUCAAAGCAAAAUAAGUUUUACAUUUAUGGAUGUGACAUAUUUUAAGGUAUAACCAAACAAUAUUUUUAUAAUACUAUUUGCUUAAUUUCAGAAAUGUAAAAUUAUGUGUAAUGUUAGAGAAAUUUCUUGCUAACAGUUACUUUAUGUUAAAUUGUAAAUUCCGUAUGCCUGCAUGAGUAUAUUUAAUGGUCAUCUAAACAUAAAUACCGCUUGCAUUUAAAUUUCAGUAUUAUAAAUCAUUAUUGAAUUGUUUGGAUAUUGUUUGCCGCACAAGCGAUUGUCACAGAUUUUGUUCUUUCUAAAGUACUUUGUUUGUUCUGUAAGUAGAUACAAAUUCACUGCUGUAACAGGCAUUUUCAUAAACGCACUAAAUUGCAAUAAAAACUUUUUAAGGGAAAAAAAGUUGCAAUUCUGUAUGUUUGUCAUAAUUUUUAGAAACAAUUUCUAAUUUUAUAUAGGAUUAUAGCAUGUUACUUAAACUUCUCUAUCAGCAAAAAUAAAAACAGCACUUGAAAAUGUUUAUUCAAGUGCUGUAUUCCACUUUAAGUGCACACAUUUUUUUUCAGAGAAUAGUCUGAUACAAUUUUAGAUUUUUAUUGAAUGUUAAUUUAGUGGGUGUUAUAAGAAUAUCAAUUUGUCCUAAAAAGACUAUAUUAUUUUUAAUUAAAAAAACAAGUUUAGGACAAGAAGAUAAAAUCAAAAUUUUUUUUUGCUUUCUUUUAAAUAAACCCUUGAGUUACUCUUGUUUUGAAUUUUCUAAAAAAUAAAAGCAGUGACUAGAGUUUUGUGUUACAAUCUACUCUUUAUAUCUCAAAUUUGAAGGAACGCUAAAAAAAAAAUUGAGACAACAAGUUCUGAACCAAAUAUGUUCUAAAAAGAAAAUUUUUUUUUUAAAUAAUGUUCUGAAGCGUCAAGUCGUGGAAUAUCAGAAUAAAUACUAAUAAAGAUAUUUGUGUAAUAGUUGACAAUAAGUCUAAAUUCAGCAAUGAUAAUUUUAUUUGUAAAAGCAACACAAAUAUAAUUAUGCAUUAAAUAUAAAACAACUCGUUUACAAUAAACAUACAUUAAUAAAGUUCAUUUAAAAAAAAACUCUACCAUUGUGGCCUGUUGCCAUAGUUUUUGAAAUUACUCAAUCAUUUUUCGAAGAAUAGCUUCCAAGUUAUCCUUUUCCAUGAUCUUGGAGCUUUUCAUGAAACUUUUUAAUAUGCGGGCAGCAUUUUUUCUUGGACACAGUAAUGUUGAGUAGUGGUACAUGAUUAUUUUUCCAAAAAAAUUCAUUUUUUACUUCGAAAAGUAGUCGACAUAACAAGUUUUUGACAAGAAAGUCUUUGAAAAAAUAAUAAUUAAAAUUAGUAUUAAGUGGAUAUGUAAUGCUAAGGGAAAAAGUAUUUUUUUGACAUAUUUUCAAGACGUAGAGAGUAAUCUGUAAUUUCUAUGUUUAUUCAAGUGCUGUAUUCCACUGCAGGUUGUGUACCUUUACCUUAAGUACUUGUGCUAUCGUUAACCUCUAAAUACUACUGUGUAAAUAUUAGAUUUUGAAAUUUAUUUUUCAAAUUUAUGCAAUACUCACCAAUAUUGCCAAUAGGACAAUGCUGCUAAAUUUUACUAAGCCACUCUGAAUUUACGCAUUAAAUUCUUAAUAACUGGCAGAUAAUUGAAUAAUUCGUUUCCUCUCAAAGUUGCUCUUAAAAAAAAAAAGAAGAAAUUUUAAAGCCAGCUUUCCUGUACCUUAACAUUUAGAAACAAGAUUAAUGUACUCCGACAAGAUAUUGAAUUAACUCAAAUAACCUAAUGUGUAAAAAUAAAUUUCAAAACUUGAUGGUACACAACGAUUCUAGUUGUUGAAAGAAAACUAUUUUGUAACAUUUCAUAGAAUGCUCACUACAGAACAGUCAUUAUGUAAAUAUAAUUCUAAUGUGCCAACAAAGCCUUUAUUUAUCAUUUGUUAAAACUUAUGCCAACUGAAAAAUCAACAGUUGAUUAUUUAGCUUGUAUAGCAUUUCAUUUUUUUUUAAACUGUUACGAUUUGUAUAUAAAAUUUUAUACAGAUAAUGCUUUCAUGGCUUAUUUGCUUGUAAAUUCAUGUACAGUAUGUGUUUUGUAAUAAAAUAAUAAAAAUGUUACUACUUUAAA